CAUGGAGUUCACGGCGUCGCCCAAACCCCAGCUCUCCUCGCGUGCCAACGCCUUCUCUAUCGCAGCGCUCAUGUCGAGCGGAGGCUCCAAGGAAAAGGAGGUCGCGGAGAACACUAUCAAGCCCCUGGAGCAAUUUGUGGAGAAGUCAUCGUGUGCUCAGCCCUUGGGUGAGCUGACCAGCCUGGAUGCCCACGGGGAAUUUGGUGGUGGCAGCAGCCAUGGCAGCAGCAGCCCGUCUUCCACCACUCUGUGUACUGAACCUCUGAUCCCUACCACCCCAAUCAUGCCCAGCGAGGAGAUGGCCAAAAUUGCCUGCAGCCUGGAGACCAAGGAGCUGUGGGACAAAUUCCAUGAGCUGGGCACGGAAAUGAUCAUCACCAAGUCGGGCAGGAGGAUGUUUCCCACCAUCCGGGUCUCAUUUUCUGGAGUAGAUCCUGAAGCCAAGUACAUAGUUCUGAUGGACAUUGUUCCUGUGGACAACAAGAGGUACCGCUAUGCUUACCAUCGGUCCUCCUGGCUGGUGGCUGGCAAGGCUGACCCUCCACUGCCCGCCAGGCUGUAUGUACACCCAGAUUCUCCUUUUACUGGGGAACAGCUCCUCAAGCAGAUGGUGUCCUUUGAAAAAGUGAAACUCACCAACAAUGAACUGGACCAGCAUGGCCAUAUCAUUUUGAAUUCAAUGCAUAAGUACCAGCCUCGGGUACAUAUCAUUAAGAAGAAAGACCACACGGCUUCACUGCUGAAUCUGAAGUCGGAAGAAUUCAGAACAUUCAUCUUUCCAGAGACAGUUUUUACGGCAGUCACUGCCUACCAGAAUCAGCUGAUUACCAAGCUGAAAAUAGAUAGCAACCCUUUUGCCAAAGGAUUCCGGGACUCCUCCAGACUCACUGACAUUGAGAGGGAAAGUGUGGAAAGCCUGAUCCAAAAGCAUUCCUAUGCCCGCUCACCCAUUCGUACCUAUGGAGAGGAGGAUAUCCUGGGAGAUGAGAGUCAGACCUCACAAAGUCGAGGCUCAGCCUUUACAACCUCUGAUAACUUGUCUCUCACCUCCUGGGUAUCAUCUUCAACAAGUUUUCCUGGAUUUCAGCAUCCACAGUCCCUGACUGCUCUUGGUACCAGCACUGCAUCUAUAGCAACACCCAUUCCUCAUCCCAUCCAGGGCUCUCUGCCUCCAUAUAGCCGACUUGGGAUGCCUCUGACCCCUUCGGCCAUUGCCAGCUCCAUGCAAGGGAGUGGCCCAACAUUCCCUUCAUUCCACAUGCCCCGAUACCAUCACUACUUUCAGCAGGGGCCCUACGCUGCCAUUCAAGGACUGCGCCAUUCCUCUGCUGUGAUGACACCAUUUGUAUGA